AUGUCGGACACUGAAAGCCUCUCUCUUUCGGACUUUAAUGAUGAAGAAAUUGCCGAAACGUCCGAAUGUAAACAGACGACUUUUGUCAGAAUUGUGAAGGACUAUCCGAUUCUUCUGAGCAAGUCCCAAACUCAUGUCGUGAAGAAACAGAAGGCCGCAGCCAUGAAAAAGUUGAUCGCUGAAUAUCAACAACGAAGUGGCAUCCAGAUGACGGAGAAGCAGGUCAAGAAAAAGUUGAACAACAUGAAAACAGAUUUGCGGACCAAGGCAGACAGAACCGCUACUGGGAAUAAGCCAAUUGAACUUAAGAAGUGGGAGGCAGAUCUUCUUGAUCUAAUUGAUGCAGAGUCCAAUCCUACCCUGAGCGGUAACCCAGGUGGCAUGAGUGUUGGGCUUGGAACGAGGCGUUCAUCAUCGGUUAUGCUGUCCAGGACUACCCCAGACGUGGAAGUCCCUACUAACCGCCACCGCCAGAGCUCAAGUACCGUUACUCUAGCCACUUCUGGUCACCGUCGUAACACUAGCUCAACUACUCAAGCGAAAGAAGGCAAACUGCCCCCUCCUCCUCCUCCACCGAAGAAAAAAAAGGUCCUUCCGGAAACAGAAGACACUGAAAACCUCUCAAUGAUGGAGCUGCAGCGCCUCGUUCUCCUGGAACAACUUAAACUGGCAAGAAUGCAGCAAAACCAAAUCUCCGCUCCAAACUAUAUGUAGUCAAAUUUACAUGUACAGUCAAUUA